GUAUCCAGGAAGUGGUAGAUGCACUUGAGUGAAUGCACGCCCGACUUCAAUUGAUGAUCAAUUUUUUAUGAUCAAUCACGGAUAACCUCACACAUAAGUGAUGGACUGGAACGAAAGAGACGCCUGCCACUCACAUGGUCAUAUGGGUGACAGUUGUCAUGAACAUGGCGGUGGCCACUCCCACAGCCAUGGGCAUGGAGGUCCUGGAGUUGGUGGUUUCAUGCCCAGCUUCCAUGGUCCUAUCGUCCCUGGGCCUCUUGAUCCAACGCAGCAACCUAGGAAGUUUUCACACCCCGAGGACAGCAGCUCCUGGGACAUCAUCAAGGCAACACAGUAUGGGGCUCUUGAGAGGUGUAAAGAGCUUAUAGAGGCUGGUUAUGAUGUCAGACAACCUGAUAAAGAGAAUGUUACGCUGCUCCAUUGGGCCGCAAUCAAUAAUCGAGCAGAUAUCGUCAAAUACUAUAUAUCUAAAGGUGCCAUCAUAGACCAAAUAGGUGGUGACCUCAAUUCUACACCACUCCAUUGGGCCAUACGACAGGGUCAUUUGUCUAUGGUCAUUCAGCUCAUGCGUUAUGGAGCUGACCCAUCAUUAGCAGAUGGAGAGGGGUAUCGUGGCCUCCAUUUGGCUGUGCUCUUUCAGCAUAUGCCUAUCGCUGCUUACCUUAUGGCCAAAGGACAGGAAGUGGAUUCCCCAGACAUAAAUGGACAGACUUCAUUGAUGUUGGCAGCACAAAAAAUAAUUGGACCUGAACCUACAAACUUCCUGCUGAAGUGCAACGCUUCAGUGACUGCUGUUGAUAAAGUGAACCGAAACUGCGCGCUACACUGUGCUGUGCUGGCUGGCAAUGUAGAUUCAGCCAACAUCCUGUUGGAGGCUGGAGCCAGUGUGGACCUGGAAAAUGCCAAUGGUCACACUCCCAUCGACCUUGCGCACCAGGUGCACAGCCCUCUGCUCAUUCACAUGCUCAGCGUAGUGAAGACUAAAAGAAUCCGAGCCAACUCCGCAUGUCUGAAAGUGCUCAAUAAAUACAAGGUCUAUCUACAGUGUCUAAUUAGUGUUGUUGUGGUCGGGGCCAUCGGUGCCAUAUUGGACAUGACGACAGAGUCUUGGUUACUGAAGGGAGUGUUACUCGCUUGUAUUAUGGCCGUGAUCAACCUAACUUCAAGGCAGCUGGCGACUGUGGCAGUACAGUCCUUGAUUCCCUCAACAAGUCUUAUGGCGUCUGUCUUUUGGAUGGUAGUUACCUGGGGCUUGUGGUUUUUGCCUGAUGACCACAGCGCUACAGUCCAGAUUCUCUUCACAGUGAACAUAACAGCUCUGCUCUAUUAUUACCUGCGCUCCUGCAGGACAGACCCUGGCAUUGUCAGGGCAACCGAGGAGGAGAAGAAAAAGAAUAUUGUGGUUCUGGCAGAGGCGGGUUGUUUGGAUCCCCGGAUAUUUUGUACUUCUUGUAUGAUGAGGAAGCCAAUGAGAGCCAGUCAUUGCUUUACCUGCAAUUCAUGUGUUGCUAAACAAGAUCACCACUCCAUCUGGAUCAAUGGCUGCAUAGGGGCCAGAAAUCACUCGUUCUUUGUGCUGUUCUUGGUUGCUCUGAACUUCCACUGCAUCUGGAUGUUCUAUGGCAGUAUUAUGUACUGGUCAAAACACUGCCCGCUGCACUACUCUGAGGAAGGCGUAUGGGGGGCAUUAACCACUCUGAUGGGAUGCUCUCCCUGGGUGCUCUACAUUUUCUGCUUUGCUUUCUUGAACACCUCCUGGGCCUCCAUCCUACUUGUGUUGCAGCUCUGGCAGAUUGCUUUUCUUGGUCUGACGACAGCCGAAAGAGCGAACCUUACGCACAGACAAAGGAAACUUCCUCAAGCCUCCUCUCUCAGACAAAACCCAUUCAAUCUUGGAGUGGUGAGGAACCUGGUGAACUUCUUCCAGUGGCGAUGCUGUGGUUUAUGUAAGCCAGUUGUGCUAGACUGGACUCAGCAGUUUCCUAUGGGUCAUGGCAGAGAACAUCCCAUGUUCAGUGGCCUGGAUGCUGUUUGACCCUUACUGACCAGUCGCUCACUCAAGGAAAGCAAACAUCUCCUUCAGGACACUUUGACCCAGCCACAGAGCCAUUGAAUUGAUUUGAAUGCCUUUUAAAUGAUGGAAAUGAGGAAUUGACUGAUUUUUUUUUUUUGCAAGAAAAUCUCCCUUUUUAUAUUUGGCCAAAAUGUAGUAUAUAUAUGUCAAUUAAACUAAUGAAGGUUUGGUUUUGCCUUACAACCUUUAAGUUAUACAAGAGGAUUAAGACAUGUUUAUAUGUAUACUGGUAUAUUUUGAACUUAAAUCUUUUUUACGGUCCUUACACUAUUGUUAAAGAGCUUUGAAAAUCUGUGAUUAACUGCUACAAAAGCUCUUCUAUAAAUGCUAUUACAAAAAAAUGCUGAAUUUAGUAGCUAAUAUGAAACUUCAGCUGAAAAACAUAUUUCCUGGACAAACUUUAAUCUCUUUUUUACACCAUGAAUCAAGUACAUUUAAAUUUACUUGAAACUUGAAUUACCAGAUGUAUCUCCAUGCUCCAGAGCUAACAAUAUGUUGAUUCUAUUAAUCAAUACAUACCAGCUGUACAGAACAAUUAAAAUUGAAUCAGUUUUUAAGUAUUUGGAUAAGGAUUUCCCACCAUACCUAUCCUGAGCAAUCAGUAGGAUAUUUUCAAUAUCAGUUUUUAUAUUUUAUUUCUUAAGUCUUAUAACCACUGUAUAGUGCAAAACCUUGUGUGACUGCAUCGACUGCAAUUUUCAAAUACUGUUCCUCAUCUUCUCAUUUAUUACUUAAUAUGUCUUCAAGGGAAAUGUACUUUUCUUUAAACCUGUUCUGUGAUUUUAAAUAAAUCAGACUUUUGUAAUUUGAUGGUCAGAUUGAUGUAUAUUUGGGUUUUUAAAAGGAUAUUCUAAUUGGUUGGAGAGUUUUCUAAAAUGACCAGUGUGACAAAAAAAAUAUUGUUUCUUUGCACGGAUUGUUUUCUCACAGAGUGUCUCUAUAGAUAGCUCUAUAUGGAUGCAUUGUUUCAUUUACACAUCUUGUUGCUGUGAAAAUGUGCACUUUAUUGUGUGUAGACAUUUUAAGGCACAGUCAUGUUUACCUUUGCACAGCGAAAUUCCCAUUGAGAUGAAUGUAUUUCAUUCGUGCCUAAUAUAUAAUUAAUUGUAAUGUGCUUUUUAUGUGCCAGUUUCUGUGAAGGCCAAUGCAAUUAAACAUGGCCUCAAACAUCACCAUAUUCAUGAAUCCUAAAUGGGCAAAAACUGUUUACAUUUACAUUUGUAAAAGAAUAGUUUACCCAAAAAUGUCACAUCUCUCAUUUACUCACCCUCAUGCCAUCCCAGAUGUGUGAUUUUCUUCUGCAGAAAACAAAAAGACUCCAAGUCCUGAAUUGGGUGUGUCAGAAAAUGGUUUUUGGAAAAAUAUAUCCAACUACAAUGUAAGUGAAUGGUCCCCGAAACGUUGAAGCUCUAAAUAAUACAUAAAGCAGCAUAAAAAUAAUCCAUAAGACUCCAGUGGUUUAAUCAAUGUCUUCUUAAACAAUGUUCUAGAUUUUGAGUGAGCGCAAACCAAAAUGUAACAUCUUUCUCUGUACAUAUUGCAUUUACAGUCUCUAGGCACUAUAAUGUUUAAGCUUGAUUACACUUUGUAGCGCUUGAAGCAGGUGCCGAUGGCGCUAGGAACUGUAAUCGAGCUUUGUAAUCAUGAUCUUUAAGGAGACUGCUGAUGUGAAGAUUUAGAGUGAAAACAUUUGCAAACUCUAUUACACUUUCUAGUGUUGGAAGCAGGCACUGAUGGCGCUAGGAACUGUAAUCAAGCUUGAAAUCAUUAUCGUGCCUAGAUACUGCAAUUAUAAUAUGUUAAGUAAAAAAGGAGUUCCAUGUUGGUCUGUUCUCACCCAAAAUCAAUUAGGUCACUUCAGAAGUCAUGGAUUAAACCACUGGAGUUAUAUGAAUGACUUUUAUGCUGCUUUUAUGUGCUUUUUGGAGCUUCAAAAUGUUGCUGAAAUAUCCUUCUAAAAAUCUUAGUUUGUGUUCAGCAGAAGAAAGAAAGUCAUACACAUCUGGGGUGGCAUGAGGGUGAGUAAAUGUUGAGAGCAUUUUCAUUUUGGGGUGAACUAUACCUUUAAGAGACAUUUUCUUAUCAAAGUAGCAUGCAAUAGAUGAAGUGCACAUAAAUAUGUGAUAA